AUGCAUAGGUCUGUAGAGGCCACUUUGCGAUCGCUUCGCUAUCGCGCGGUUCUGCUGCGCCUUCAAUUCGUGUACGCGCGCCGCGUGUGCGUAGGCGGGGAAGCGUCCGACACAUCGACAGAAUGUAGCAACCGCGUGUGCGUAGGCAGGGAAGCGUCCGACACAUCGACAGAAUGUAGCAAACAGUCAUAUGCGUUCUCUCGAUUUCGAUUGUUGUCAACAAAGCGCUUUGGAACGUAUGCCUUGAAAAGCACGGAAGACCUGCACAGGGAGGUGGUCGACAACUCCUGCGUCUGUCCUUCGGCCCCAGCUUGGUGUAGCGACGCCUAG